UCCCCCGCCAGGGGAGCCUGGCUCCUAGCGAGUAUGUGGGGGCCAGGGGGCCCAGGCAGUCCUGGGACCCCCGGCCAUGGGACAGCGAGCCCACCCCGGAGCGCCAGGGUGCUCUGGCACCCACCCCAGGAAGUGCCAGGACCUCGGAGACUCAAUUCUUCUGAUUCUGGGCAGCUUCAUCUUGCUCAAUGUGGGGAUCAACGUGGUGACUCUGCUCUGGAGGCAUCUGAAGAGCAACCUGAGGAUCCUCUUCCGUCACCUCUUCCCCAAAGACAAACAAGCCAGAGGCGUGGGCCACCGUCCCACGUGCGCGUGCUGCUCCGAGGACCCCAAGAACCUGUGCUCGAGAGUCCCUUCCGGCUACCAUCGGCGCUUCCUGCCGGGGCGCUCCGACCACCUGGACUCCUGGAGAGUAGGCAGAAACGACGAGAAGGCCUCCGGGUGCCGCUGGAUGCCGCCUCGUGGUGGACACACAGGGGGUCCUGUGGACGCGCCAUGGGGACUGUGGAAGGAAGGGGUGAUGGGAGCCGGGGAGGCCCCUCAGGUCACAGCCUUAGAGGCCCGGGCGCCCUUCCUCUCCAGGCACGAGACACCUUCCCAGUUCCCCAGGAUGAGCAAGGCAGACAUGGCUCCCCUCCACUUGCCUGAGAGCAAGACUGAGACCCCAGACUACGACUCGGCCCAGGCCCAGACCUCCCCGCCAGCCCACACCCCUGAGCACAACCCCCUCCAGGCCCAGACCCAGACCCAGACCUCCCCCCCGGCCCACACCCCUGAGCACAACCCCCUCCAGGCCCAGCCCUCCUCCCCGGCCCUCACUCCUGAGCACCCCGACCCCCAAGCCCAGAUCCUCUCCCCAGCCCCUGCCCCCGAGCAUGCCUCAGCCCAGGCCCCUCCACAUCCCCCAGGCCUCACCCCUGAGCACACCCAGCACACUGCUGCCCAGGCCCAUGACCCUGAGCACCCCUCAGCCCAUUCCCUGGGUCACAGUCCUGAGCACACAAUAGCCCAUGCCCCAGCCUUCCCUCCGGCCCAUGCUCCUGUGACCUAUACCUCCACCCCUCACACCCUGCUCCCUGCUCCCGCCUCUGCCCCAGUGCCUCCCCCAACUGCUACCCCAGCCCCUGGCUCAAUCUCUGUCCCAACCUCAGCUCUGGUCAUGACCCUGACUACCGCUCCUGUCCCUAUUCCUAUCUCUGUCUCUGCCACCAUACCUACCCCCAUCCUAACUCCUAUUCCCUCUACCCCGACUGCCUUCAGCCAAGGCCUCUCCACUGGCCAGGUGGUCUACGAUGCCCGCAGGACAAAGCAGAACUUAUGCCACGUGUGCCCGCCCCAGAACUCUGGGUAUUCCAGAAAGGACUUGGGCACCCUCCCCAGGGCCCAAGAGGGGCAGGGUCUGGGCAGUUCUGGUGCAGCGGAGCAGACACCGAAGCCACAUAGUGGGGACAGUGCCAAGCCCUCCGCAGGGUCCAUACUGGGUUACCUGGAGUUGGGGAAUAUGGAAUGGAAGAUCUCAAAUGACGCCAAAGACAAGUUCCUACAGCCCAAGACCUUCCCUUACUGCAGCUUCCACCCUUGCAGCUCUGAGAGGAAACACACAGACUCCCAGACUCCAGUCUACCCCAAGUGCGUGGUCUACUCCAAGGGUGCCAUACCUUCACAACCUUGCGUUCAUUCUCCAACCGGUGGCCAGAGCGUGCUGGGCACUAUUCCUCCACCAUGCACUCUAUCUCUGCCUCUUAUGCCUCCCAAAUCCUUCGUCCUCCGUCAACUCUCCAACCAUCAAAAUCCCCCAGCCUCCAAGUCUUCUCCAUCCACCCCCUCCUCCCAGUUUCCCAUCCCUCCCCAGCUCUCCAAGACGUUCCAACCCCCAAUCCAACCCCAGGCCCCUGAACUUCACGAGAGUCCGGGCCUCAACCAAAACUCUGACCUCCAAAGGACUCCAAACCUUUCAAGAGACUCAAGAGUUCCUAGGAACCCAGGCCUUGCCCCAAAUCCAGGCCCCUACAAGAACCCAGGCCUUGUUCAAGAUCUUGGCCUGAACAAGCCCCCAGGCCUUCCCCAAGACCCCUAUCUUUACAAGAGUCCAAGCCCUUCCCAAGACUCUGGACUUCCCAAGAAUCUAGUCCUUACCCAAGAUUCUGGCCCCCAGAAGAAUCUAGGUCCUAUUCAAGAUGGAGGUAUCUCUAGGAGCCCAUGUCUCACCCAACCUUCUGACCUCUACAAAAACACACCAUUUCCCCAAACUUCUGACAUUCAGAGGAGCUCAGGCUUUAUGCAAAACUCUGGAGUCUAUAGGAAUCUAGAACAAAACCAAGAGACUAUACUCUAUAAAAGCCAAGAUUGCUCCCAAACAACUGGUCUCCAUAACAGCCCAGGCCCUUCUCAAGAUUCUGGUGGUUAUAAGAGUACAGGUAAUGCCAAUGAGUCGGGAGUCUCUAGGAGUCUAGACCUUCCCCAAGAUUCUUGCCCACGUAAGAGCCCAUACCUUGCCCAAGACUCUGGAGUCAACAAAAGUCCAGGCUUGGUCCAAACCUCUGGCCUUCAUAAGGGCUCAGGCCUUACCCAAGACUCAGGAGACUACAAGAACCCAGGCCUUCCCCAAGAUUCUGGAGUCUACAGAAGCGUAGGCCUUACUCAAGAUUCUGAUCUCCAUAAGAAUCCAGGCCUUACACAAGCCACUGAAGUCGAAAGGAGAUGCGGCCAUACACACGAUGUUGGAACUCACAGGAGCCCGGAACGCACCCAAGACCCUAACUUCCACAAGUACCCAGGAAUCAAUCAAGAUCCUGGCCCCCACAAGGGCCCAGCCCUUACCCAAGACCAUGGCCUCCCCAGGACUCAAGGCCUUACUGGGGGAUCGGGCCUCUGCAAGGAUUCGUGCCUUACCCCAAGUCCCGACCACCACAAGAACCCAGGCCUUGUCCUAGGUACUGACACUGUCCAGGUCUCGGGCCUACCUCAGACCCCAAGGUCAACACAAAUGACAAAGUCAUUUGUACCCAAGGAGGCUGCUCGGAAGGAGGGUCCAGAGCAGCACCUAUCAUGGAUUUCUGUUCCACUGAGUCAGAACUCCUACUCCUCCAAACCCCAGGUGGUCUACAGUGACCUGCACACCUUCUCAGAGGUACCCGUACUGAUCGAGCUGCAGCCAUCCCCCCGGCGAGCAGGCAGCCAAGACUGGGUGUAUCGUCCCGUGAACACCAUCCCUUCAGCCUGCCAGAACUAUCGCCAGAAGUCUAUGCCUCCCCAAAACAACUGGAGGCCCUACUGUCCUGGGUCGGGCACCCGGGUAGGGCAUGUGGUCUUUGACGCCCGCCAAAGACAGCUGGGCAGGGACAAGUGCGAAGCUCUGUCUCCCAGGCGCAUUCGCCAAGAGACACCCAGCAACUCACGGAGACCAUCAGGGAGUGGGGACAUCAGUGUGUGGAGAGGACCCUGGAAAAAGAGGGGACAAAGGUGCAUUGGGAAUAAAGAGACAAGAGAAGUGUUCUGUGGUUGAUUGAGGACAUCCACCCCAGCCCCAUUCCCGACGCUGGCCAGCCACGGGGCCUCAGGAAGACUGAUGCUAGCCUUGUCCCUGCUCCUGCAUUGCCACGUAGCGAAACCCAUUGUCCCCAAGGCCCUCGAGCUGCAUUGUCCGAUACAGUAGCCACUGGCCACAUAUGGCGAUUAAAACGUAAUUUGAU